CUCGCCCUACCCCGGUAGCCCGAGGGAACAAGCUCAUUCUCACGAGCGACAUCGCCCCUUUCAGGUGAGGAAAGAGCUGUUCGCUGUGUUCAACUCACUUUGGCUAUAAUACUAUAACUGAGACUGGAUUAAUCUCACGUGCGACAUCACCCCUUUCAGGUGCGCCAAAGGCAAGCUUGACUGAUGGUAGGCUGGGCGUCGCCAAGACCAGCGUGCAGCCGUAAAGGCGUAAACACUUGUUGAAGCUCCCGACCGACGACUCAAGCUGCGUUGUGGGGGUUGCUUGUGGCAGGGUGUGUGAAGGGGGGAAGGAAGGAGAGGCUAAAAGGGUGUUAUGUGCGUCAUUCUCAGGGGUAACAAUGGUUAAGUGCGAACACUCACUAGUUUGGUUAGGGCUUAAUUAAGGUGUGGAAUGGUGGAGUUUGUGUUUCCCCGUGUGGGUGGAAACAAUUACUAUGUUGUCGGUGCUACUUAUUCCCAUGUGUGCAUGUUAGUUUAAGGUGUUAUAUUAACCUGUGUUCAUGGUAUAUACAAGUGUAAUUAGUGAUGUAAGAUACGAAUAGGUGGACCCUGUCCGUCGACCCUUAGUUCACCAUCAGAAUCUCUUAACGAAUAUAUUUACCUCCAUUAAUAUUCUUAAGUCACGCUGUAGUGCGGCGACGGCCUGAUGAGCGAGCCUCCCAUAACCCAUUCAGAGAGUGGGGUAACUCUUUGGCCGACUCGGUAAGAAGUGGCUCUCCUGUCACGCUGGUCGCGGGUUCAAUCCCAGGCAGCCGGCGAACACCCUCUCCUUGUUGUGAUUAAUUUCUCGUGUGUUUCGAUACACGCAGAGGACGUGUGGGACCGAGAGAGUAAUAGAAAAGAGAAUUGAAAAUCUCUUCAUUAAAACGCUACCCAUAUUAUUUGGCAGAUGAUAAUCCUGUGUGCGAUUACGGUGCCUUAUAAGACUUAGUAAAUAAACUGCCAAUUUUACUCUCUGGUUUAAAUGAUCAACAAUUAAUUCUACUUUGAGGUAUACUGUAAUGAACCUACAUAAUUAAGAGUGCCCAUGAACGGCACCACAAUUUGGUGGCAGCGGUGGGAUGAUUUACUCUGAUGGUGUGAACAACAGGCUCAGGACAGGCUUCACCUGUUGAGAGUUAGUGUCAGUAAAAGUUAAAUUAAAUUGUCAACAUGCCUGAAGACAAGGUAAAACUUGAGUCCUCAGGGACAACAGGAGGACCCCAAGAACCAGAAGUGAGGAUUGCUGAAUUAGAGAACAAAUUGAAAGAGCUGGGGAAUAUUAUUAUUACACAGGCAGAAAUUAUUAGCAAACUAGGUAAUGAGGCCCUUGCAAAGACAGAAGUAGGAAACACCCCCCCACCCAAACCAAUUUCUACUAAUCCCAGGGACAUACCCAUCUUGCAAUUACAUGAACUGGAUGAUUUGGAGGCUGCAGGCAAACUUAGUCUCUUCUUUGACCUUGUUGAACAAUGUACCACUGAGGAUGGGGAUAGAAUGAAGGUGGCUAAAACAAGAGUUGGUUCAGAGCUCGCCAUGCUCAUUCAUAUUCAGCAGGGGAGAAACAGUUGCCAGUCUUGGGAGGAUCUGAAACAGUUCUUAAAAACCCAGUUUGUUGUUGAGGUGCCUCUUGAUAGGGCCUGGCAGCAUUUUGAGAGCCAUCAGUAUGACUGGGCUCUCAACCCCCAGGGGUUUGUGAAUACUCUAAUAUACAAAUAUGCUGUUAUCGAAAGUAAGUUCCCCAGUGACACCCUCCCUAACAAAGAAAAGGCCAUAAAAAGGAAAUUGUGGAGUGGAUUGCCAUCAGAGGCAAAAGGAAGGGUAGAAGGGUUUUUGGAUGAGAGUUUCCCUCUCAAUAAGUUUGUUGACCGAGUGGAACACGAGAGACAGCAUGCCUCUACAAUAGGUAGAGUUGAGAAGGAGCAACCUACCUCCGAGGCCACUAAUCCAAAAUCUGAGUCAAAGAGUGAGCUCCAGGCGCUUAAAAACCAACUUGAUUCACUCUCAAAGAUGUUUGAGCGCCUCACCCCUGGAAGACAGCUGUAUUGCUCCUACUGCCGCAGUAAUUCCCAUGACCAGUGUGAAUGUACACGCAGCCCACCACCAGGUCAUUGUUUUGAUUGUCUACGAAAGUACUGUAGACGUGGGCAACCAAAUUGCCCAGGGAAGAAGCCCCAGGAUCCAUAAGAAAUACUUUCCCAAUAAUACCCAUCGCAGUAAAUGGGAGAAUCAUGCAGGCCUUAGUUGACACAGGAAGUGGCCACACACUGGUAAAAAAAUCAGUAGUAGAGACAAGGUGGGGAGAUUAAUAUCAGGAAAGAAACACCAAACCUAGCUGGAGUGACUGGCACCCCUCUACGUAUUGUGGGAAUGGCCUGGCUUGAGAUAGCUGUUGGUGAAGAGAAAAUUUAUAAACAGUGGUUCCCAGUAGUGCCAGACAGUUAUAGUUAUGUAAUUAUGUUAAAACCUGUUCCACUUGUCAACAACUGAAACAUUCUGCAGGCUUACAGCAGCAGUGGCAAGAAAUGCCAGCAGUAGAUAAGCUUCUUGAAAGGUCAGUAUGGAUGUAGUUGAUAUGGUAGAAGGUACACAAGGCUUUAGGUAUGUAUUGACUGUAUUAGAUCACUACAGUAGGUACACUAAAGUGUUUCCCCUGAAGACUAAGGCCACAGAGGGAGUAUGUGAAGCUUUCUCAAGUUAUAUUGCAGACUUUGGAGCUCCUAAGGCUGUCCUGGUGGAUAAUGGUGGCGAGUUCAGUUCGGCCUCCUUCCAAAACCUCUGCUGCACUAACCAUAUCACACUGUGCCACACCACCCCAUACCAUCCCCAAGGAAACAGCAUCAGCGAGCGCUACCACCGAACGCUCAAGUCUGUGUUGGCUACCUCUUCGGUGGCCAAGGUUGCUCCCAGCAUGCCAGAAGGUGCGGAACAUGACAGUGCACACCACUACGGGUGAGCAGCCAUACUUUGCCUUCUUCUCGCGUUUGUCUCCCAGAAAUUGAAGGUACAGAGGAGGGUAUAGCAGAAGCUCAUGCUAUCCUCAGGGAGACACAUCAGAAAAUGGCAAGGAAGUUUUGGGCAGUAGCUAACCAUGGGCACAGAAACCAAAAGGUCAGUGAGUGUUCUCUGGUGUGGGUGAAAAAUGAGGGUAGCCUACCUGGUACAGUGGUACUUGUAAGAAACUUAAUCUGACAUGGUUGGGCCUGUACGGAAUAGUUGAAGUGAUCAGGGGUGGUUCUGCUUAUGUACUUGAGAAUGUUUUUGAUGGACGAAUACUGCAAAGGACUGCAGAGAAGGUGAAACCCUAUUUUGGUAGUGCAGAGUGGAUCACCGCUCCCAGAGAGAUAAUAAUCCCUGAAGAAAAUGAACCUGAACCUUUACCGCCCCAAGUGCGUCGACCACCGAGGCGAUAUGUGAAGGAAUGUUGUGUCCGUUGUUCAUAAGCUUGUAUCGGUGUUAGAUUAAGGAUUUAUAUACAAGUGUAAUUAGUGAUGUAAGAUACGAAUAGGUGGACCCUGUCCCUUGACUCUUAGUUCACCAUCAGAAUCUCUUAACGAAUAUAUUUACCUCAAGUAAUAUUCUUGUCACGCUACCCAUAUUAUUUGGCAGAUGAUAAUCCUGUGUGCGAUAAUGGUGCCUUAUAAGUCUUAGUAAAUAAACUACUAAUUUUA